CAUAAAAACUUAAUUACAAAAUGAGAAAGAGGAAACGGUAAAACAACAUAAAAUAAGCGCCAUAUUGCUGGAAAAGGUUCCGGACGCUGUUAUUUUAAUAAUAAUACUCCUAAAUCAUUGUUAUUUUCAAACUUACAUAUAUACAACUUUAUGCAAAAAGUAAAAACAAACAACUCUUGGCUAUUUUCGAAAUAUAUAUUUGGGAUUUGUAAAAAAAAAUGUGCAAAUAAUGGGGUUUACAAGCUGUUAAAGGUCAAACUAAAAGUUUUCUUUUCUAUUAGUUAUCGUUAAGUCAUAUAACUAUACUACACUGAUAUUCCUUUCAGUAAACUCAAACAGUAUAGUAAGCUCAAAUUAAAAAAAUGUUCGAUUUGGUCACAGUGGAAGACAUUUUAACUGGAAGAUGUAUACUGUCUGCAAAUUUAGUCAAUUAUCCAAAUUCAUUGCAAUAAGACAUCAUCAUCAUCAAUCAUUUUCAGUUAUCGAGAAUGACAUAACACCCUGUAUAACGUUGAUGAUAUUAAUAUUAACUUUUAAACAAGUGGGAUCACUGGCAUGUUGUAAACAAAUUGUUUUGUAGAAGUUGAUUAUUUUAAUACACAAAAUAUAUUAAAAUGUUUAAUGAGACAUGUUGUUUACUAUGCUUAGAAAGUUCAAAGGAUCAAAUAGAUUUGGAUUGCAAAGAAGAUAUCGGUUUGAAUGGACGAGAAGUUAUUGAAUUGCAUUUCAAGGAGAUGUUGGAUAUUAUAUCUCAAAUUGAAAUAAAAUUCCUUUGUCGGAUAUGUUGGGAUUAUGUACAAACAUUUCAUACAUUUUAUGAAAAUGUGAAAGAAGUGCACAAGGAAGCGGCGAACUCAUUGAAAAGCGUGACUUUGGAAGAAGAAAUUUUAGAAAUAAAAGAGGAAAUCUUAGAACUAAAAGAGGAACUCAUACAUAUUGACGACGUACAAGUUGAACCAAGACGUCGUAGGGGACGUCCAAAACGUCAAAGAGAACCUGAAACUGUCGAAGUCCCUUGUGAGUCUUCCAUACCGCUUAAAGAAUGUCAAGUUAAAAUUGGAGAACUAAAAUUACCCGUUUCCGGUUCAACUAGUCGGACAGAUAUAUGUAAUCAAUCUGAAAUUUUUUCUGAAGUAUUAGAGGUUAAAGAUGAUAUUUUACUCAAAGAACAUAUGGAGAACUCGGUAUCAGAAUACAGUUCGGACCCUGAAGAAACAGAGAGUGAUAACGAAGAUAGAUAUUCGAAAAGGGUGUCUCGUAAAAUAAAUAAAAUAAAAGGCGUUAAUAAAAAAACUGCGGAUUCGGAUGAGUAUAUCGCAAAGAAAAAUUUUAAAUUUUCUUGUUGCAUUUGUCAAACUUCAUUAGAAAACUUCAAACAUUUAAAAAGCCAUUUUCGUGUAGUACAUCAAACUCGUGGCUAUGUGCUAUGUUGUGGUAAAAAAUUGCCUGAACGCGGUUUGUUAAUUGAUCAUAUUAAUUUGCAUGAGGAUCCUGACUACUUCAAAUGUAAGCAUUGUGGAAAGAGAAUGACGGAACGUCGUAGCCUUGAUCUUCAUCUCCAGUAUAAGCAUGCAUCUUGUUUGAAACAGCAUUAUAAAAUUAAAGAUACAGAAAAUCAAAAAUCGAUAUCGUGCUUAGAAUGUGACAAAACUUUCUCAUACGAUAUUGAAUUAAGAAAACAUAUGCGUCUAACCCAUUUGAAAGGUUAUGCAAAAAUAUGUGAUAUUUGUGGUGUAUCGGUAAAAGGGUGCGACGCUCUCAAACGUCAUCAAGCUGUGCAUAAUGGGAUGAUGCGAAAAUUAAUAAAAUGUGAUCUAUGUGAUGCUGCGCUCACAACGAAAUAUGGUCUAGCACGUCAUAUGAAAACAAUGCAUACGGAAGAGUAUCAGACACCACAAGUUUGCCCAAUGUGUUCUAAAGUGUCGCCGUCUCUGCAGGCUCAUCGUAAGCACAUACGAUAUAUGCAUUCCUUGGAAAAGAAGCAUGUAUGUAAUUUAUGCGACAAGGCCUUUAAACGGCUUACCGAUUUCAAAGAGCACAUGGCCACCCAUACCGGAGAAGCUUUAUAUACCUGUAGUUUUUGUCCACAAACUUUCAAGUCUAAUGCUAAUAUGUAUUCUCAUCGAAAAAAGAAACAUUCUAAGGAGUGGGCAGAACAAUGCGCGUUGAAGAAAAGCUUAGCGGUAAUUUUAAAUCAGACAGUCGCAACUGACUGAUAAAAAAAACUUUAGCGAAUUCGGUGCGAAAAUGUUAAAGCUAAUUUGAAAGCGUCAAAGUAUGUAAUAAUUAUUUUUUUUUUCAUUGACGGUUUGAUUAUGAACUCGCAAACAUCUACUCCGAUUUAAUAGAACCUAACAAAAAAUUACAUUAGCAAUAGCAAAGUAUAGCCAAUUAUUAAUGUUUCGUGAGAUAAACAACAGAAAUUAUAAAAAAAAUUCUCUUCUCGUCAAUAUAACAAUAAUCUACCGUGAUUAUCUCUAUUAUCCGUGAUGGCAGAAUUUUUUUUUUUUAAUUUUUGUUUUUAUUAAGUACAGAAGCAUCUAGGAAGCAAACGCUCACACAAGUCUGUAUACGUAUUGUAUUCUUUUUUUGCUUAAUGUUCUUUUUUAAGCCUCAUGUUUUAAAAAUGUAAAAAUAUUUAAAAAAAAACUAUACUCAAAAUUGUUAUUCGAUUAACCGUGAAAAUCGAUUAUCCGGAAUGCUUCUGGUCUCGACCAUCACGGAUAAUCGAGGCCCGACUGUAUAUGGACAUCAAAUAGACGCUCUGAAAAUUUUUAAUGAUAGUGAACAAACCGUCCUACCAGAGACAAAUUUAUCUUAAAGCGUUACAUAAUUGGAUUGAUAUUAUAACAGCGCUUAAAAUAAAAACAUUAUGUCAAAUCCGGUAUAGUAUAAUCAGAUGUCGUUGAAAUUAUAAAACCAAAGAGAUCAGGCAAUAUCCUUUUAAACAGUAUUUACCGUCAGAAGAGAGCUUGGUCAUUCUAUAAUCAUUAAUGAACCGGAAAAAUAUAUGUAAUCGAUAUUGAGAUUUGAUAUUUUUAUUAAAUCAAAAAUAUUUAGAGGUUAAAUACUUAUAUAUAAAAGGAUGUAUCCUGGCAAAUUCCACCGAUAAAUGUUUGCAUUCAACAGCUUCUUUUUACAAACCUAUCGAUAUAUUUUCCAUCUACUUGAAUCAUUGAUAAGGUUGCAUCACCCUGUUAAACGAUUAAUAAUAACUUUUAAACAAGUGGUACCUCUGGCAUGUUGUAAACAAAUUGUUUUGUAGAAGUUGAUUAUUUUAUUUAAUAGACAAAAUAUAUAAAAAUGUUUAAUGA